UACCAUAAGCCAAGUUAUUAAAGCAAGGUAGCCCCAUCGGCGAGCACCGUAUCCGCCGGCCAACGGACGCCGCUAGCAUCGGAGCGCAAUCAUGUCAGGCGCGCAAGGAGCUCAGCCGAAGGGCGCCUUCACGGCGACCACCUACACAUCGGCGGCUGCGACCACCGGUGGCGGCGUUCACCAGGGCCAGGAGAGACGGCAGGCUCCACGGACGGAGCUCCGAUCGUGCGAGGACGAGCGCGGGCUGCCUGUCAGGAAGCUGGAGGACACGGUCGAGGAUGCCGCGGGCAAGGGCGGGCCGGUGUUCGGCGCCGGCACGGAGGACGGGAAGCCGGAUCUCGGCGUCACCGGCACCGGCUGAUGCUAGCCGUGAUGUGCUUCUCGUGCUCAGUUUACUAGCAAGUCAGCAAGUGAAACUGUGAAAGUACGAGUAUAAUGCGCCGUGUAAAAUGUGAUGUAAUUAAUCUUGUAACUUCAAGCACUGGAAUAAUAUAUGAGAAUGGAUAUUACCACACAGUUGUUACA